CACAAAGCCGUUGGCUCUCGCCGUGCUGAACCAAGCCCCACGAACCAAGCCGACCAUUUCAAGCCAAAAUCGUUCAGCGAUGUCGCGGCCCAGCAGCCGGGGUGCCAGCAGCGAGCCCGGCAGCCAGCCCUCCACGCCUCGAAAUCUGCCUUCGCCCAAAGACUACACCGCUGCGGCGUCCGAGGCGAGCGAGUUUGUUGAGACGUGCAAGAGGUCGGUCCAAUCGCUCAAGGCAGCUCAAGAGGCGCACGCUCGCGCGGUCGGGCUCGUUGCAUCGCUCUGCGUGCGUGGCGCCUCCCUGGCCAGCGGCGAGGUCCCGGCGGGCGACUGGCCGGUGUCGCAGCCGAGCUUUGAGGCGCAGCAGCCGGCCCUCGAGACCGCGCAGGAGCUGCAGCGAGCGGCGGCGCUGCUCAUCGAGUGGCAGUCGCGGGCGGCCGAGGCCGAGGCGCCACUCGACGCCCUGGUCGCGACUCUAAACACCUUCCUCGCCUCCGGCGUCGCGGCCUGCUCGGCCCGAGCGGCGACCUACGAGGCGGCGCACAGGGAGCACGCGCAGUCGCUAACCAAGCUGCAGGGCAAGGCCGACAAGCGCAAGCUGCCCGCGCUGCAGCAGAUCGAGGUCGAGGCGAAGGCCAAGGCGAGCCACGCGGCGUCCGGUGCCGGCGAGGCCCUCGCGCUGCUGCGGCGCGACAUGCAGACGGCGGUACUCAACACGGCCCGCUCCAUCGGCGGCUCGCAGCUGACGCUGCACGCCCGCGGGCUCGAGCAGCACUCCCGCGCGCUGCAGGCGCUGCCCGGCUCCAAGUAGAGGGUGGGGUUUGUAUUUGGGAGACGGCACACAUUUGUGAGCUGUGUGAGCUCGUGCGGAGGGUCUGGUUACCGAGAGCUCCGAGGCGGGGUGCGGCCAGGGUGCCGAACCUGCGUCGGACCUGGUAAAGCACCCUGUUGUAAAAUGGGCAAGCAAAGUGUG